UUGUGUUUUUACGUCAGUUUCAAUUUGAAAACAGAAAACACUUUCAGUUUUUUAAAGUUGUUGAAGCAAGAUGCAAGAAGAAUUGAAACCAUUAGAAGAACAAGUGUUCCCGAAACCUAAUCAUUUAAUUUGUUAUAUGUGUAAAAAAAAAAUGAAAAUGAAACGCAGUAGAUCUUUAUCUCCUAAAGCUUCAAGUAGUGAAGAAGACAUGAAACGUAUCAGAUUUGAAGCAAAUGAAAAAAUAAAUGAUAUAAUAACACAUCCAUAUAUAUUAGACUUUUCUGAUGAUGUUCUAUUGAACAUAUUUAAAUAUUUAAAUCCUAAAGAUCUUAUGGCAAUAAGUUUAUCUUGUCAACGAUUAGCUCAAGUAGCACAAGAUAAAACAUUAUGGAGACGAGUGGAUUUUCGAGCAACACCUAUAUUAUUAAAUGAUUUAAAAGAGUAUAUUAAAUUUCUUCAACCUAUAACAACAAGUCUUGCUAUACGUGGUAAUUUAUAUUGUGAAAAUGAUGCAGAACUCAGUCCUUGCUUCUUCAAUUCAAUUAAAAUUACAUGUAUUCAACUUAAAGAAUUAAUUAUAGAGGAUUAUUGUAUUAAUGGAGACAAGAUUCAAAUAACAGAUUUUCCAAGUACUAUUGAAAAACUUUCAUUAGAAGGCUGCAAAAUGGGAUAUCUACGUAGUAAUAAAUCAUAUUUUUUCAAAAUGAAUUUCCAUAUGCCUAAUCUAACAUGUUUAAUUUUAAGUAAUUGUCAAUGGUUUACUCCACAUUCAUUGUUGGUCAUCAGUAAAAUGCCAAAGUUAAAAGAAUUAAGGCUAAAUUCAUGCCACCAUUUAGGUGAAUGUGUCGCAUACACUAGUUUAGCUACAAGAUUUGGAUUCAAAACAUUAGAGAUCCUUGACUUGCGAGAUACAGCACUUGGUGAUAGCGAAGUUGGAUGUUUUAGUUGUACCAAAACUUUAACACAUCUUUAUUUGGAAUGUCCUUCCAGUUUACGAAAUGCAGAGUUACAUGAUUCAGAACUACGACCAUUACAACGAGAAGCUUUUAACCAACCCCCUGUAUAUGAAGAUGGAAAUCUAGCACAAUUUUUGGUCGAAGAUGGAUUUCGUUGGGAAAAUUAUAUGUUUGGACGUUGUUUAAUAACAGAUAGAGCAAUUUGUGCUCUUGGAAGUGAUACAUGUGAUCGUAUAAUUAAUAACUCAGCAGAAGAAGUCAUAGUUGUGGAAGGAGAUAAACGAAUAUUUAAUAACCCACAUUUAAAAACAUUGGUUGUUAGAAAUUAUCCACAUGUAACAAACUCAAGUCUUGCACAUUUGGCUUUAAAUGCAUCGAGUCUCGAGCAUCUGGAUGUAAGUGGCACCUCUGUUACAAGGCAAGGUGUUGAAACUUUCAAAUCACAAAGACCGAACGUUAAGAUAGUUACCUCCUUUGAUGAAACAUAGUUGUAACAGAUUACUUUAAAUGUGUGAAUUUAGCACGAUUAACAGAUUUAAGUAUAUGUUUAACACGUCUGAACAUCGGCAGAUACAAGCAUUUGAGAAAUAUAGAGUCAUUCUGGAGGCUUUAAUAACGCGAUACUUUUAUUAUUAAAUAGAUCUAUU